AAUUUUGAGGAGUGAGAAGGAGGUACCAGACUCGAUGAGUUUCCACCGAAAUGUCGGAAAAGUCAGGUCAGAGUACAAAAGCAAAGGAUGGAAAAACCAAGUAUGCAACACUCAGUCUGUUUAAUACUUACAAGGGAAAAUCACUGGAAACUCAAAAAACCACAGUUGCCGCACGCCAUGGAUUGCAGAGUCUUGGGAAAGUUGCUAUUUCGAGGAGGAUGCCUCCCCCUGCUAACCUCCCUAGUCUCAAAGCAGAGAACAAAGGCAAUGACCCUAAUGUGAACAUCGUGCCUAAAGAUGGCACAGGAUGGGCUUCAAAACAAGAACAGCAUGAGGAAGAAAAACAGCCAGAAGUGCCGCAGACACAGCCAAAACCUGCCGCUCCUGCUCCUCCAGAAGCAGCUCCUGUUGCCAAAUCAUGGGCCAGUACCAAGCCAGGUGGGCAAGGAGAUGGUCCAGCUAUUCAAGUAAAUAGUUACUUCCAGCAAGAGUUUCCCAGUCUGCCGGCAGCUGGGGAUCAGGAAAAGUCAGGCAAAGAGAAAGAUGCACCUGAAGAGCAUGGAUCUGGACCCAACUUGCGACCCCAAAAUAGUACCAACUGGAGAGAAGGUGGUAAUAAGAACUCGCCUGGGUCUCCAACUGAUCAAGAAGCUAAAACUCCUGGGCAAGAUGAUAAUGCUGCAGCACCUGGUGAACAAAACGAUGCCCAGAAGGGAGCAGAGAAGAGACUACCACAGGUCCCUCAGCCCAAGCUGAAUGGUCAGCAGCAACCACCAAUCUCAUCUCAGUACAGGGCAAUGAUGCCCCCUUAUAUGUUUAAUCAGUAUCCAAGAAUGGCAUAUCCUCCUUCCAUGCAAGGUCCAACAAGGUUUCCUGGUUCUGACCCUGGCAGAGGGCCAAGGGGAAGAGGACCACCUUCCUGGUGUUCAGAACCUAUAGAGCGCCCAUCUAUUCUUAGUGCUAGUGAACUUAAAGAACUAGAUAAAUUUGAUAACCUAGAUGCUGAGGCUGAUGAGGGCUGGGCAGGUGCACAGAGUGAAGUGGAUUACACUGAACAGCUGAACUUCAGUGAUGAUGAUGAGCAAGGAAGUAGUCAAAAAGAGAAGGAAAGUGGUGAUGAACAAACACCAUCAAAAGACUCUCAAAGCCCUGAUGACCAGAGGGACGGAGAAGAACAGACAAAGUCUGCCACGCAGGUUUCCACAGCAGCAACCAAAGCAUCAUAUGGCAAAACCUCUCAGCUUGAUCAGGAACGGGGUCCAACACAGCCUUCUCUACAUGAAAGAGGUGGUCCUGCUCUUCAUCCAAAAUCUAUUCUGCCACCGCAUCCUCCUCCUGAUCGUCAGGUAGGACCUGGAAGACAGGGUCCCUUUCCCCCUAAACCAGUACCAGAUGAAGAUGAAAUUUGGAAACAGAGGAGAAGACAGCAGUCAGAGAUAUCGGCUGCAGUUGAGCGAGCCCGUAAGCGACGAGAAGAGGAAGAAAGAAGAAUGGAAGAACAAAGAAAAGCAGCUUGUGCGGAAAAGCUAAAACGGUUAAAUGAGAAAUUUGGCUGCGUGACAAAAGGAGCUAGAAAAAGAGAGAGAGAGAAAGAAAAAGAGGAGGAGAAACCAGCCCCUGAGGUUCCUGAGCCUGAAGAACCUGUGGCAGCACCUGUAGUGGAAAAACAAGAAAGUGAAAGCAGGAAUAACAAGGAAGAAAAAGAAGAUCAGCCAGUCUUUACCUGUCAAGAUAGUGGUCGGAAUGAGAAAGAGAAAGAGACACAGGUGACUCAUGAAAGUGAGCCAGAUUCAGGGUCUCAGCCUCGUCCUGCUGUUUCCUCUGGCUAUUCUAAGCAGUUCCAGAAAUCAUUGCCACCAAGAUUUCAGAGGCAGCAGGAGCAAAUGAAACAGCAGCAGUGGCAGCAGCAGCAGCAGGGUGUGCUUCCCCAGUCUGCUCCAUCGCAGCCUUCUAGUGGCCCUGUCCCUCCUCCCCAGCACAGACCUCUCUACCAACCCAUGCAACCACAUCCUCAGCAUUUAGCUUCCAUGGGCUUUGAUCCACGGUGGCUCAUGAUGCAGUCCUACAUGGACCCACGAAUGAUGUCGGGAAGGCCUGCAAUGGAUAUGCCUCCUAUUCAUCCAGGAAUGAUGCCUCCUAAGCCACUGAUGAGAAGAGACCAGAUAGAGGGAUCAGCAACUAGUUCUGAUUCAUUUGAGCACAUGGCUCGCUCGGCGAGAGAGCACGCCGUUCCGCUGUCCGAGCCCCGCAUGAUGUGGGGCUCUGACCCAUACCCCCACGCAGAGCCUCAGCAAGCUAGCUCUCCUCCCAAAGUGUUAGACGAGCCUGAAGAUUUGAGGCCUGAGGCACACAUGGAGCAAGAACGAGUUGCUGCUGUCCCCGCUGCUUAUCCUGUAGAACACAACCAGUUGGACUCUCAUCCAAAGACAGACUUUUUCAGAGAAUCAGGAGAGGUGGAAGUACAGAAGUUCCCAAGCAGGCCUUCGGAAGACGUGCAGUCUCUCCAUGCUGACACACCUAGCCCAGCAGUUAAUUUUGAAGGAGUUGAUGAGAAUGUUACACGCAGCACUCAGGAAGAAUUGGUGCCUGUGGGGGAAAGUCACUCUUCUCUAAAGAGAAGCAUUUCCCAUGGUUCAAGUCACUCUCUAAAAUCAGAAGACCAGAGGAACGAGACAGUAACAAAUAUUCCUAAAUUAAAUAACAGGUCUGUUGAGACAAAGGAGACUGUGGAGAGACUUGAGAUAAAGCCAAAAAGAGAAACUUUGAUCAGUAACAGAACAUCAGAAGGACCAAAACCUGAAAAAACAUUCAAACCGAAGUCUGAAACAAGAUGGGGUCCUAGACCUGGUUAUGGCAGAAGGGAAGAAGGCAGUGAUAGACCAAUAAGAAGAUCUGGUCCUAUUAAAAAACCUGUGCUUAGAGAUAUGAAAGAAGAGCGUGAACAACGAGAAGAACGUGAGCAGAGGAAGGAGAAAGAAGGAGAAAAAGCAACUAGCGAAAAAAUGGGCAAGUCUGAAAAAAGUGACAAAAAGGAAGCACCUCAAGUGCUGCUACCUCAGACCGAGCCUGAAGCAUCUGCCUCGAGCAGUGCUGCUCCUCCAGCAAAGAAGGUAACCCAGGAUGCUGCUUCAAUACCAGUACCAGCAAGCUCAGAGAGCAGUCCAAGUGAGACAGCAGCUAAAGCUCCAGCACAGCCACCCACACCUGCAGUGCAGCAGCAGCUCCCAGCCGCACAGCCCGCGGCCCCACAGCCUCCCCCUGCGGCCCCGCAGCAGCCCCCUGCCCAGCCUGCAGCCCCACAGCAGCCCCAUGUCCAGCAGGCAGCUACCACAGCGAAGGAGGAGAAGCAGAUAGAGAAGGUAGCUAGCAAGGAGGUUGUAGAGAAGCCACGUUUAGAAACCAGACCCGUAAAAAGAGAGCCUGGCUUACCACCUAGAACAUACUGGAAAGAGGCUCGGGAUAGAGACUGGUUCCCAGAUCAAGGAUACAGAGGUAGAGGUCGCGGGGAAUAUUACUCCAGAGGUCGCAGCUAUAGAGGUUCUUAUGGAGGACGUGGCCGGGGCAGUAGAGGCCAUAACAGAGAGUACCCACAACACUACAGAGAUACUAAGCCUAGAUCAGACCAUGUGCCUUCGGGGCCUGUUAGGCAAAGGGAAGAGAGUGAAACUCGUAGCGAGAGUUCUGAUUUUGAAGUUAUCCCAAAACGGCGCCGCCAGCAUGGUUCAGAAACGGAUUCUGACAGUGAAGUUCAUGAAAGUGCAAGUGACACACUGCUUUCGGACAAAGACAGCCUAAGCAAAGGCAAGCACCCCAAGAGAGAGGAAAGACCUGAGAGCAAGAAGCCUCCAAAGCCUCUGAUGUUCAAACCCGAAAACAAUAUCAGAAUAGACAAUAGAUCCAUAGAAAAAACCUACAUAAGGGAAGAUGAGAAUAAACCCAAACCAGGGUUUCUUCCUAAAGGAGAGCCUUCUAGACGAGGCAGAGGGGGAAUGUUUAGACGUGGUGGUAGGGAUCCUAAUGGGCGUCCUCCACGUCCAUCUACAAUAAGGAGGCCAGCCUACAGAGACAAUCAGUGGAACCCUCCUAGGCAAACAGAAAUCAUUAAACCAGAAGAUGGGGAACCUCCAAGAAGAAAUGAACAUUAUGGUCCUAUACCAGUCGAUAAAAGACCUCAAAAAUUUGAGAGGAAGUUUGAUCCAACAAGAGAAAGGCCACGAAGACAAAGGCCUGCUCGGCCUCCAAGGCAGGAUAAGCCACCACGCUUCAGGCGCCUAAAAGAAAGAGAGGCUGCCUCAAAGAUAAACGAGGCAGUAGCUAACUCGUCAACAAGUGCUACAGUUAAUAAUGCAGUUAAUGAGCAGCCCAAUCCCACACUGGAUGUUUCGGGGAGUAAGACACCAGACUUGUCCAACCAAAAUUCUUCAGAUCAGGCAAAUGAAGAAUGGGAAACAGCUUCAGAAAGCAGUGACUUCAACGAAAGGCGUGAGAGAGAUGAGAAGAAGACGGCUGAUGCAGCAGCACAAGUGGCUGUAAAAGCAGGAGAAAACACUGGAGCCCCCAAAAGGGAAAUAGCCAAGAGAAGUUUCUCUAGUCAGCGGCCUGGAAUCGACCGUCAAAACCGACGUGGCAACAAUGGGCCAGCUAAACCAGGGAGGAACUUCUCGGGGCCUCGGGGUGAAAGGCGGAGUGGUCCUCCACCCAGAAGUGGGAAAAGAGGACCAUUUGAAGAGCAGACAGCAAGUUUGCCUGCUGUUGAUCCCACCAACAGCAAUUCUGUGCAUCAGGAAGAAGGUGCUAAUGCUGCAGGACAAAAGAGUGUUAAGGAUGCCAGUGGCAAAAAGAGAGAGGAACCCAAGGCUGGUCCAAAACCCAAGCCUAAGGAAAAAGUGGAUGCCUUGUCUCAGUUUGAUCUUAACAACUAUGCAAGUGUUGUGAUUAUUGAUGAUCACCCUGAAGUGACAGUAGUUGAAGACUCCCAGUCUAACUUGAAUGAUGAUGGUUUUACUGAAGUGGUGUCUAAGAAGCAACAAAAACGCUUGCAAGAUGAAGAGCGCAGAAAGAAGGAAGAACAAACAGUGCAGGUUUGGACCAAAAAAGGAUCAAGUGAAAAAGGACGAGGUCAGAAUUCAAAGCUCCCACCCAGGUUUGCCAAAAAGCAGCAGCAACAGGCAGCAGCUGCAGCUGCACAGCAGGCACAGGCUCAAGCACAGGCACAGCCUCCGUGUGCGACCCAGGCUCCAGGGCAGCCCCAGGCUUCUGCUCAGCCUCCGCCCCAGGCUGCGGGGGGCACAGCCAGUCCCGAGUACACAGUGUCGGGCAAAGUUCUGCAGAACACCCAGGCUCACAAUGGGCUAGGAACUGAGUUGUGGGAAAACAAGGUGCCUUCUACAGCAGUUCUAAAUGACAUCUCCAAAAAAUUGGGACCUAUUAGCCCACCUCAGCCACCUUCAGUCAGUGCUUGGAACAAGCCUUUGACAUCUUUUGGCUCAUCUCCAUCUCCAGAGGGAGCAAAGCCUGGACAGGAGGGUGGAGUUGAGCUCGGUAUAGAAACUAUUCAGUUUGGAGCUCCAGCUUCCAGUGGCAGUGACAAUGAAGUUGGCCCUGUGCUUUCUGAGAAGUCCACUGACAAGCUACCGGAACCGAAAGAGCAGAGACAGAAACAGCCUCGGGCUGGACCCAUCAAAGCACAAAAGCUUCCAGACUUGAGUCCAGUAGAAAACAAAGAGUAUAAACCUGGUCCUAUUGGGAAAGAGCGUUCUUUAAAGAACAGGAAGGUGAAGGAUGCCCAACAGGGAGAGCCGGAGGGACAGGAAAAGCCAUCUCCCACCUCUGUCAGAAGUCCCGAACCUGUCACUACAAAGGAGACCAAAGCAGCAAGUGAACUUAGUACGGAAAUAGGAACGAUGAUAUCUGUGUCUGCUCCAGAGUUCGGAACAAACACAAAGGAGUCUGUAACAGACUACACUACACCUUCUUCUCAUCCUAACACAGUGGCUACUAGCAGUACAAAAAUGGAGGAGACUUUGGUGACAAACGUGCCCCUGCCCCACACCCUUCCCCUCCCUAGGAGGGAGACUCUACAACAGAGCUCCAGCCUAACUCCAGUUUCUCCCGCUACCGUCGACCUCACCCUCAAGAUGGAGUCUGCCCGCAAAGCGUGGGAGAAUUCCCCCAACAUGGGAGAGAAGAGUUCACCAGUGACCUCCGCAGCGUCUCCCAUUGCUAGUGGCAACGGCAGCAGCAGUAGCAGCAGCAGCGCUGGGCCAAGCACUGGUACUUACAGCUCUUUCUCUAGUGCAUCAAUGCCUCCUAUUCCUGUGGCCUCAGUUACACCAACUACUUCUCUGUCAGGAGCUGGAACAUACACAACCUCCUCACUGAGUACGAAGACUACAAGCACCUCAGACCCACCCAAUAUCUGUAAAGUGAAACCACAGCAGUUGCAGACAAGCAGUCUGGCUUCUGCUGGUCACUUUUCCCAGUUGAGCUGCAUGCCAUCCCUCAUUGCUCAGCAGCAGCAAAGUCCCCAAGUCUACGUGUCUCAGUCUGCAGCAGCUCAAAUCCCGGCAUUCUACAUGGAUACAAGUCAUCUGUUCAACACCCAGCAUGCACGCUUGGCACCACCUUCCUUGGCACAGCAGCAAGGCUUUCAACCAGGACUUUCGCAGCCUGCUUCAGUCCAGCAGAUCCCCAUCCCCAUCUAUGCACCUCUACAAGGACAGCACCAAGCUCAGCUGAGUUUAGGAGCGGCACCAGCUGUUUCACAAGCCCAGGAGUUGUUCAACUCCUCCUUACAGCCCUACAGAUCCCAGCAAGCUUUUAUGCAGAGUGGUCUGUCUCAGCCAUCGCCAGUAGUUCUCUCUGGUACAGCCUUGCACAACUUCCCAGCUGUGCAACACCAGGAGCUGGCUAAGGCCCAGUCAAGCCUAGCGUUUCAACAGACUUCUAAUACACAACCUAUUCCUAUCUUAUACGAGCAUCAGCUUGGUCAAGCUUCAGGACUGGGAGGCUCUCAACUUAUUGAUACACAUAUUCUCCAGGCCAGAGCUACACUUACCCAGGCUUCAAAUCUGUAUUCUGGGCAAGUUCAGCAGCCUGGCCAGAGCAAUUUCUAUAACACUGCACAGUCUCCCAGUGCUCUCCAGCAGGUAAACUAUGGCAUGGUGACUGUACCUUUACCAGGAUCACAGCUUUCUUUGCCCAACUUUGGAUCCACAGCGCAGCCACUAAUUGCCCUCCCCCAGUCUUUGCAACCACCACUACAGCACACACCGCCACAAGCACAGGCUCAAAAUCUGAGUAGACCUGCACAAGUAACCCAGCCUUUCAGAGGAUUAAUCCCAGCAGGAACUCAACACAGCAUGAUUGCUGCAACUGGGAAGAUAUCAGAAAUGGAUCUGAAGGCCUUUGGAAGUGGCAUUGAAGUUAAACCUGGCACACCACCGGUUACUGGCAGAAGUACGACUCCAACUUCCAGUCCUUUCCGGGCCAGUUCUACAAGCCCUAACAAUCAAUCCAAUAAAAUGAACAGCAUUGUUUACCAGAAGCAGUUCCAGUCAGCAGCUGCCGCAGUGAGAAUGACACAGCCGUUUCCUGCACAGUUUGCACCCCAGGCAAAGCAGAGAGCAGAGGUACUUCAGUCCACACAGAGGUUCUUUUCUGAGCAGCAGCAGAGCAAACCGAUGGGAGGCAAAGCGCAGAAGGUGGAGGAGAACGGCAGCAAAGCUGCCAAGGCCGUUGCCGACUCCGCCGGGAGCUGCCCGGACAAGGCGGAGGAGAAACCCCCCCCGCCCCCCGCCACAGCCACCAAGCCCGUCAGAACUGGACCAAUCAAACCUCAGGCAAUCAAAACGGAGGAGACAAAAUCGUAGGGGCCGUGUUGCCGUGGAGGUGGGGGAAGAGGGGAGGGCGGGCGAGGUGACAGC